CCCCAUGGAUCUGUCACAGCAGACUCUUGCGCAACCUGAAAUGUUUUCGACACCAAGCCAGCAUGGGACCAUGCUAGACUGCCAAACUUCAGUUCUUCCCCAGCAAUACACUCCGAAAUCUAAACAAUAAUUUCUCUGGAAAUUUUUAUUGUACAACUUGCUUUCCUUUCUAUCUGUCUCUCCGGCAAUCCCACUUUGCAAAGUGCCUGUUAAUAAGAUUAGCAAUUAAAAAGCUUGCAUAGCAAUUGCCAAGCGGUUUCCUCUUAUAAUUAAGUUGGCACCGGGACUCCAGCAGGGCUUGGAGAGCACCUGAAGGAAUCAAGGCAAAAGCCCACAUUGCGGGGAACCAGUACCUGAGGAUGGAAGCGGAGAAAUCCAGGCCACUCUGGGACAAUCCCUUCCAGUUUGUGCUUGCCUGCAUUUCUUAUGCAGUGGGACUGGGGAACGUAUGGCGGUUUCCUUAUUUAUGUCAGAUGCACGGAGGAGGUGGAUUUUUAAUCCCCUAUCUGAUCAUGCUAAUAUUGGAAGGAAUGCCAUUGUUAUACCUGGAGCUUGCAGUAGGACAGCACAUGCGACAAGGGAGCAUUGGAGCAUGGAAAGCAAUAAGUCCUUACCUCUGUGGGGUUGGUGUUGCCAGUGUUGUUGUUUCCUUCUUCCUCUCUAUGUACUACAAUGUUAUCAAUGCCUGGGCGUUCUGGUAUCUUUUUCAUUCAUUCCAGGAUCCUUUGCCAUGGGCAAACUGUCCGUUGAACAGCAAUCAUACAGACUAUGUAGAAGAGUGUGAGAAAGCUACUCCAACUCAGUACUUCUGGUACAGGAAAACGCUCAAUAUUUCUCCAUCCAUCGAAGAGACCGGAGGUUUACAAUGGGAGCAAGCAGCCUGCCUCAUCCUGGCUUGGCUGGUGGUCUAUCUCUGUAUUCUAAGAGGAACAGAACAUACGGGGAAGGUUGUUUAUGUAACAGCUACAAUGCCAUAUGUGGUCCUCACAAUAUAUUUAAUCAGAGGCCUAACACUCCAUGGAGCUGCAAAUGGGCUGACGUACAUGUUCACACCCAAGCUAGAAGAAUUAGCAAACCCCAAGACUUGGAUUAAUGCAGCCACUCAGAUCUUCUUCUCUCUUGGGCUUGGCUUUGGCAGCUUGAUAGCUUUUGCUAGCUACAAUGAACAAAGCAACAACUGCGAGCGACAUGCCAUCAUUGUUUCGUUAAUAAACAGCACCACUUCAGUAUUUGCCAGCAUUGUCACUUUCUCCAUUUAUGGCUUUAAAGCAACAUUCAACUAUGAGAACUGCAUAAAGAAGGUGAUCUUAUUACUGACCAAUUUUUUUGACUUGGAAGAGGGAUUGAUAACAAUGGAAAACCUGGAUGAUAUGAAACAUUUUUUAGCAUCUGCUCAUCCCAGAGAAUAUGCAGAUUUAUUGCCACAGAUUAAGAACUGCAGCCUGGAAGCUGAACUAGACACGGCUGUCCAAGGGACUGGAUUGGCCUUCAUAGUGUAUUCCGAAGCCAUCAAGAACAUGGAGGUGUCACAACUAUAUUCAGUGUUGUAUUUCAUUAUGCUGCUGAUGUUGGGAAUAGGCAGCAUGCUGGGAAACACUGCAGCCAUCCUCACUCCUUUGACUGACAGCAAGUUCAUUUCCUCCCAUGUGCCCAGAGAGAUGAUCUCAGGUGGAGUUUGUAUUAUCAACUGUUUCGUUGGCCUAUUAUUUACCAUGCAAGCUGGCAACUACUGGUUUGAUAUCUUCAAUGACUAUGCAGCUACCUUAUCCCUACUGCUCAUUGUAUUGGUGGAAACGAUUGCUAUCUGUUACGUAUAUGGGCUAAGGAGAUUUCAGAAAGCUCUUGGCGCGAUGAUUGGGCACGAACCAAGUUGGUACUGGAAAAUUAUGUGGGCUUUUGUCAGUCCUGUGCUAAUUAUAAGCCUAUUUAUAUUUUACCUCACGGACUACAUCAGGACAGGGACGCUCCGAUAUCAAGCCUGGGAUGCAACAGAGGGGCAACUGGUCACAAAGGACUACCCAAGUGGUGCUCUGGCAGUUAUUGGGCUGCUUGUGGCAGCUUCUACUCUGUGUAUACCACUUGGGGCAAUAGUAGUUUUUAUUAAAAGGCGAAUGAGUAGAUAGUACUGGACUUUGAAUUGCAACAGCUGCAACUUCCCUGUGCCACCUUGAAGACCACAGCAGCUAUAAAUUCCAACAAUAAGCAAGACACACAGAACUCGGCUAUUUUCAUCCUAAUAUUCUCUUGGACAUUCCUGUAGUUGAAGAAGCUGUUCUGUAGUAACUAAAGGUUUACAAUUGCGUUUGAGAGACACAAACAUGGCAAUUGAGGGCUAGAAAAACACUACCAAGGCUUUAACAAUUAAGUAUAUUUCAGCCCUUUUGAGUGGAAGAAAGUUAUUUUAGUGUCUGAAGUGCAACACAGCAGUUUUGCAUUGCUGGAAAGCUGCAGCAUUGCAGACUUUUCUAUGGAUAAUGCAUAGAUCUGACUAUGCAAAUUAUUUGCAUGCUUCAUGGAAUGUAUUUCUCAGUAGAUACUAGCCUUUAGGAGCUAUAUUAGCUCAUUUACCUGACUUACCAUGCAAAACAUUAUCUAUCACUGAAUUACUAAUAUUGGGAAACAGCAAGCUCAAGCAGCUAACAGUCUACUAAUUUUUUCUUUAGGUGCUUCACAUACAUUUAAAUGAUAACAGGACUGGGGAAAUAUUAAGCACCAAGGCAAGAGCAACCCAGAUAUUUUGAGUUAAAUUUCCCAGCAACCCUGACAAACACACCCAAUGGCCAGGAAUGCUGGGAACUGCAGUCCAAGAACACCCAGAAGGACACAUUUCUUACUUGCCUUCCUUCACUGGAGUGUAAUCACCUGCUCAUAAACUUCCUGAAAAGCUAUAAAAAUUUAAGAGAAGCAGAUACUUACAUUCCCAUUAUAUACUUCCCUAAAGACAAGGAGCAACAAAAUAUUUAUGUAUACCCUACACUGGAAAAACAUUUCAAAUUCAAACAUGUAGUAGGACCAGGUUUUUAGCACUACAAGAAUUUUUUUCUGGGUCUGUCAUACAUUUAAUACUUCCCUAUCAAAAUAUUUUCAACAGAAAUGUAUACUAAAGUGAAUGCUAGCUUUAAUCUUGGAAUACUUCCAGACAAAUGCAUUCCCUACAUUCAUUUUUCCCAUGUAAAACUUCUUAGGCAGUAAAAACACUAUUGUAAAAUACUCACAAGACCUUUUUAUAGAAAGUCAAUAUAUUGGUUCGAGCUUAAUGUGUAUAAUAAUGUCAAGCAACAUUGAACACAAAGAACUCAGUGCAAGGUGCUUUAAGUUACAACGGGAUAUGUGAAAAGACAGAUUAUGCUAGAAGCAUGCUCUACACCUCUGGGGAAUUUUGAAGAAAUUUUGCUAUAUUUCCAAGUUUGGGCAGAACAGUACCAAAGGCAACAAAGAAAGGCUUCAUUAGAGUGUUUCCAUGGGAGUCAUGUGCAACGGACAAGACAUUUUCACACUGGUUUAUUAAAAAUUGACAUUAAACAAAACCUGUACAAAAAA